UGCCUGAUUAUAAUAUUUGAAUCAGAGUGGAAAAGUGAAGACAUGCGGUGACAGCCUUCUGAUAAUGUUCCCGAAAUGAAAUAGCAAUCAGAGUUAUUCAACCAAAAGCCCCCAUGAUUCGUGACAAUUAUUAUCAACUAAUUGAAUCAUGCUUGUCAACUUCCGCGUGCAGCAGAAGGAAGCUACCGCCAAAUGUCCGAGUACAUGAGUAGAAAAUAAUUUUUCGUCACUAUCUCACUUUCUUUCUACACUGUAACAAAUAGCUAUAUAACACAGAAUUUGUGGUACCUUGUAAAUUGUACAUUUUUGCACCCACCUUCUUUCGUCGGUCUGAUCUCCUGAAUUGUAACACCAACAAAUCAAUUCAAUAGAAGUUGAUUUUAAGGAAGUUGAAAAUCUGAAGCUUGUGAUUAUUUGGACUAGUGGAUAUUCUACAGCGUGAAAGAAACUGGUUUCACUAGACAAUGGCCUCAAGAAUUUUCAUGCUGGCAUGUACACUCAUGUUAAUCUCCAUAAAUGCAUCUUCUUCAUCGGAUUUAGACAGAAACUGUGCACAGAAUGAAGAAAAUCUUGGUAGAAUCAUUAAAUCUCUGCAAACGGCUUUGCUUUUCCUCGGUAAUGAAUAUAAUACAGUUAACCUUGAUGUAAUCUCUGGCUUGCGAAUGACCCAAGCUGAAAUUGCAGCCGCCAUUGAGUCAAUGUCAUACAUUGGGUCCGGAACCAAUCUCCAAACUACCAUACAAGGAAUUUCAACGCGUAUUGACGAAAUAGUAACACUCGCCCAACCUUUCGUAUACAAAGCUCUACCUGCAUAUUAUGAACACUUUUCAGAUCUUAUUAAAAAGGAUUUCUGGAAUGUAAAACGUCAACAUAAUGUUUUAACGGAGAAUCCGAUAUUGUUUGGAAUCAAAAACAAAGGUGAACUAACAGAGGAAGCUAGUGAUGAGUGUUUGACUGAAUUGCUUGGAACCGGACAUUCAAGAAAACAAUGUACAGUGACUCGUGCUUGCUUAGAUAUAAUGGAAGCGGAUGGAUACACAGGUUAUGAGGUCACUCAUCAACUGCUCUAUUUUAUGCUGAUAGACCACCUUCAAUGCUUAAGCUACGACCUUACACGACAGCGAAAUAGGCAAGUUAUCACAGGUCUCUGUUCUCGUAUUUAUCAACAAGCUGACGAGCUUGCUAAAACGGACUUUAGUGGCCGAUACGACCAUGAUAUGUUUAUGGAACAAAUUGCAUUCUGUGGUGGCUUAUUAGGAUAUGAUGAAUUCAUGCGUUCUGAUUGGUUAAAUCACAUUCUUAGCUGGCAAUUAGAUAGUGGAUGUUUCUCUGUCGUGAACAUAUUGACAUCAGAUGGGGGAUAUGGUUGUUUUGGUCACUGCACUGCGGUUGCUGUAAUCACACUCGGAGGCUACUUGCGAACCACAAUAGAAAGGAUGAACAACUGUAUAGAAUAG